AGUCUCACACACACACUCUCAGGCUGCAGUCACUGGAGCAUGGCAGGAGGCAGGGGAGUGUACUGUAGCCUCAGCCUACAAGUUUCUUUGGUUAACUAAGAAAAUUAGAAACUGUCAUGCAAAUACAACAUAUGAUGACUGCUGCUGUAUCUCUUCAUCCACUUUCAUCGACCGUUUGCUGAGACUUUCAACAGACUUUCACCCCGCCCUGAAGACAUCAGCUCUUCUCUGAAAAGUGCCCAUGGAUCUCCUGCACACCUACAAGUGGCUAUGGGUGAUAAUAGCGAUUAUUUUUGCAAGUGGGGUGAUCAGCCUCAUCUUCAUCUUCAUCAACAAGUGCAUCUCCAGACAAGGAAAACACAGGAUCACACAGCUUCACAGAAGAUCUUCCAACCUCACUGUCAAGAGCAACAACUACCAGGAGAGAACCCCCAAAGACUUCACCCCAGCUUUACCUCCUCGGACACAGUUUCUCACAGAAGCAGCCCAAAGCUACGAGAACCUGGCUGAGGACUACGAGGAGUGCACACCAGAAUACGAGCAGGACAAGGGCAACUAUGAGCAGAGCACGCCUGACUACGAGCAGGACAAGGGCGACUACGUGCAGGGCAUCCCUGACUAUGAGCAGGACAAGGGUGACUACGUGCAGAGCAUCCCUGACUAUGAGCAGGACAAGGGCGACUACGAGCAGAGUAUGCCCGACUACGAGCAGGACAAGGGUCACUAUGAGCAGAGCUUCCCUGACUACAAGCAGGACAAGGGCGACUACGAGCAGAGUAUGCCCGACUAUGAGCAGGACAAGGGCGACUCUGUGCAGGACAUCCCCGACUACGAGCAGGACAAGGGUGACUAUGAGCAGAGCUUCCCUGACUACGAGCAGGACAAGGGUGACUACAAGCAAAGUAUGCCUGACUACGUGCAGGACAUGGACGAGCAGUCUGACUAUGUGGAGCCGGAGGAUGGGGAAGUACUUCUACCUCCUCCUCCUCCUCCAUUGUUCGAGGAUCCAGAUCCAGCGGCAGGUUACUCCUCGGAGGACUAUGAUGACAUUGGAGGCGAGGAUGAAAACCAGGGAGAGGAGGACUACGACGAUGUGGGUUAAGACGAGGAGAAAACAGGAGAGAUAUUAUUCUGAAGUAAAAGACACUGUUGACUUUUCUUAUCUGAAUCUUGCUGAGCAGACAGAUCAGAAAUGAACCUUACCACAGAUUUCUUUUUGACUGUAUUUUUU